GCCCAUGGAGAUCGCGCUGGUGACUUUGGAGAACGGCGGCACCACGGCCAUCGCGGGAACCGACGAUCCCGCGGCCGCCGGCGGCCGGGCGCGCUGGCGGGGCCACUUGCUGCACCCCGGCUGCUCGCCGCAGCUGAGCGAGNNNNCGCCGCGUCCGCCGCCCCGCGCAGCGCGCCCCGCCGCGGACAUGGGGCCGUCCGAGGAAGGGGGACACCGCCGGGGCAUGGCCAUGGCGGCGGCGGGCGACGAGGAGGAGGAGGCGGCGGCGGCCAACCCGGGCGCCAUGCACCACCAGCGGGUGCUGAUCAACAUCUCGGGGCUGCGCUUCGAGACGCAGCUGGGCACCCUCAACCAAUUCCCCGACACGCUGCUGGGAGACCCCGACAAGCGCAUUCGCUACUUCGACCCGCUUCGCAACGAGUACUUCUUCGACCGCAACCGGCCCAGCUUCGACGGCAUCCUCUACUUCUACCAGUCCGGGGGCAAGCUCCGCCGGCCCGUCAAUGUCUCCAUCGACGUCUUCGCCGACGAAAUCCGCUUCUACCAGCUGGGUGAGGAGGCCAUGGAGCGCUUCCGGGAGGACGAGGGCUUCAUCAAAGAGGAGGAGAAGCCCCUGCCCCGCAAUGAGUUCCAGCGCCAGGUCUGGCUCAUCUUUGAGUACCCCGAGAGCUCCAGCUCAGCCCGGGCCAUCGCUAUCGUCUCUGUGCUGGUCAUCCUUAUCUCCAUCAUCACCUUCUGCCUGGAGACCCUGCCCGAGUUCAGGGACGAGAGGGAGAUGCCCGUACCCCUGCCCCCACAAGGUGGAGGUUUGAAUGGCACGCCCGGGGACUCCCCACCCAUGCAGCCACCCAGUAGCCUGGCUGACCCCUUCUUCAUCAUCGAGACCACCUGUGUGAUCUGGUUCACCUUCGAGCUCCUCGUGCGCUUCUUCGCCUGCCCCAGCAAACCCGAGUUUUCCCGCAACAUCAUGAACAUCAUCGACAUCGUGGCCAUCAUCCCCUACUUCAUCACCCUGGGCACCGAGCUGGCCCAUGAGCAGCAGCAGCCCGGGGCUGGCAGUAGCAAUGGUGGUGGGGGCCAGCAGCAAGCCAUGUCCCUGGCCAUCCUCAGAGUCAUCCGCCUGGUCAGAGUCUUCAGGAUCUUCAAGCUCUCCAGGCACUCCAAGGGGCUGCAGAUCUUGGGGCAGACUUUGAAAGCCAGCAUGAGGGAGCUGGGCCUCCUCAUCUUCUUCCUCUUCAUCGGGGUGAUCCUCUUCUCCAGCGCCGUCUACUUUGCUGAGGCUGAUGACCCUGAGUCUCAUUUCUCCAGCAUCCCUGAUGCUUUCUGGUGGGCAGUGGUAACCAUGACUACUGUGGGCUAUGGGGACAUGAGACCUGUCACUGUGGGGGGCAAGAUUGUGGGCUCCUUGUGUGCCAUCGCGGGUGUGCUCACCAUUGCCCUCCCUGUCCCUGUCAUCGUGUCCAACUUCAACUACUUCUACCACCGAGAGACUGACCACGAAGAGCAGGCUAUCCUCAAAGAUGAACACAGUAGUGCUCAGGGCAGCACUGCGGGGGGAGAAGUGAAGAGAAGACCCAGCAAAAACUCUCUGAACAAAUCUGUUGUGCACUUGGAAAACAGUGAGGAGUUCAACAAUGGCACCAGCUCCUCAGAGAAAGCCAAUAUCAAAGCGAAAAGUAAUGUAGAUCUCAGAAAAUCCCUCUAUGCUCUCUGUCUGGACACCAACAGGGAAACAGACCUGUGAGGAGAGGAGAUGGUUAGAGUUCAGAGGGGCAAAAGGAUUUUCUGGUGUCGGAAACUUGCUACUAUAAUUAUUCUUUUAGUACCAAUUAGUUUUUUAAGUCAGGCUGUAUUUUAUAAAUUGAUCACUGUCCUGAGAAAUCCUCCAGGAAUACAUGUUUUUAUGUUCUUUUUCCAUGACACAAAGGGUCACUUAUUUUUAAAAUAGACUAAGAAUAAGCUACACUCCAUGAUGCAGGAGCUGGUAAAUUAUGACAGUGAAAAAUCUAAUUUUUAGAAACUUAUUUUAGCAAGUGGUCAUUGGUUUUGAAUGGGUAAUUUGUAACCAAUUCAGUUGCUCCCAGUUUAGUGUAAAGAACUGGGGGGAUGUGUGUGUGGAGAAUGAAUGGAUUGGGGAUGGGAGGGGGGAGGUUGAGGGGUUUUGUACUGUAGUUUCAAAUUGAAAUUAUUCAAAUAUAUUUUGUAUCUGUGUGACUGUAUUUAUGGUUGAAAGGAGAUUUCUUAUUCCUGUGAAGUAUGAUAUCAUUAAAGCACUAGGAACAUUAGCAAAUCAGCACUUUCUGGGUUUUCCACUUGUGAUCAGUACAGAUCUGGUUAUCUUGUAUGUGAAGUGACUUUGGUGCUUUGAACCCUAGAGCAGAAAACUUCUGUUGUCAUUAAUAUGUUAGUUUCUUGUGAGCCUUAAAUUAUUAAAUAUUGCAGAUAUACUUCUUUAUAUAUAAUUUUAUUAGUUACCUUCCUGUUUCAGAAUUUCCAGGUAAUUCAGUCAUGUGCUUACUGGCCUCACUCAAAAUCAAAAAAGUAUGUGCAGCUCUUUUUUUUUUUUUUUUUUGUGGUUUUAGAAUUUUAUAUCUUUGUUAUAUUUUGAGACCUAAAGGAAAAAAUACAGUCUGCUGUUACUGGUUUCAAUCCGGUGCACAACAGAUCGAAAGUGAUCUGACCAGAUUUUCAAGUGCACAACAGAUGAAAACCAUGAGGGAGUGGAUAGGCACAAUGAGAAAGUAGAGUAUUGAGUGCAAUACCUGCAGAACUGCUUUCAUUGUACACUCCAGAUUCCUUGAGUGUAUGUAUCAGUCACCUUCAUGUAUGCACACACCAUUUGUGUACACAGUUCUCUGGUUUUAGUUCUCUCAGACCAGGAGUGGAUGGCACUUCAGGAGUCGAACUUGGUGUGCUGUGCUGCUUCAACAACCAUCGCAUGGCUUUUCUCUUGGACAUAGAUGGAAGCACCAUCUUUUCAUCAAAACACACCCCUGGUUUCUUGUAUUUCCAAACAAAACCUUCUCAGCACUGUGGAUUUUACAGUUGAGGUGUUGUUGAAAGACGAGUGACACAUUGCCUUCAUCAGGAUCACAGCUAACUCUGAAGACUGACACAAAGUUGCUCCUUUAGCUCAAAAAGCUUUCUUACAAUUUCUCUUGCAAAGGACAUCUAUGUUUCCCCCUCCAACUUUUGUUGUAUUGAUGAAAGAUGUUCCAUGCCUUUCCCACAUCCUGUGGCACAGCAAGAGUAGCAGAGAAGAGAAGGCUUGAUUGUCAGCAUCGCUCAAGAGUGACCUGGAGCUCAAGCAGGAGCGGUGUUCUCCAGACAGCUCUCCACGGCUUCCCUAACACACUAGUGAGCCACGAGACCGAGGCAGAAAUUCCAGUGUGGGGAGGGUGUGAGUCAUGAGAUGACACUGACCAUUAGGAAGACACUGUUGCAGAGUCUGAAACCAAACCAGCCUAUUCCUUGUUCUCAAGUCCUCUUGGGUUAGAAGCUGAUGAAAAACUUCCUUCUGGAUAAAUAACUGUGAGGUCCCCAUCAUCCCCAGAAUUGGAUUCCUUCACUGGGAUUGCUGAAACAGUGGUCUGCUCCAAGGUUUCUCUCAUAGAAGAAUUGUUCAGCUUCACAACAGGAGUGAGAAAAGUUUAAAUGCUUUGGGGCUCACUCCCAGGCACAAGACUUCAUUACUUGAGCUUUUGUUUGGAAAUAAAUUGAGUUCUUGUCAUAGAUUGGGCAUCUUAUCCCAUGCUUCUUACAUAUCAAACUUUCUCAUAAUUCUGGAAGAAGAUUCAAGUGUUUGUUCUUUUUCUUUUAUUGGCACUUGUCUUUCUUUAUUUUGUAUUCUUGAGAUGUGCUGCAUCUCUGGAGUUUGUAUUUCUACUUUUACCAUAAAAAUGUUGUACAUACAGGUCUAGAAUGCAUCUGAAGAUUAGUAUAAUUUUUCAUGUGACUUUGACUUGAACAUUUUUCUGUUUAUGUUUAUAUUGCUAUUUCAAAUAUGUGCAUUACCUGUAUUCUUUAUGCCUGUUCCCCAUCUGUAACUUAAUAAAAUAAUGUCCCCAUUC